AUGAAGCACAAUAAAUUACCAAGCUGUGAACUGAUUCGUAUCUUGUCUACAGUAUUUGUGCCUGAGCUUAACUUUCCGUUUCAUGUCAUUAUACUCUCAAUUUCUGUAUUCAAUAAUGACGCACUCACGAAAUUAAUCACACCAGACAAAGAUUUACUUUGCAGGUUUGAGAAUAGUUCUGUUAAGUUCCUAAUUUUACGCGAGAAAAUCCACGGUCUGCAUUGCGAACGUGUGUUUAGUCCAAUUCGUAGCACACGCCCCAAAGAAAGUGUUUGUCAACUGAAUUCCGUUACUUCACUACAAAAUUUCCAAACAAUGCCAACAUCAACAAAAGAAAAGUUGGGAUCUUUGAAAGAAAAGCUGAGCCAUAGCGAUUUACAAAUUGAAAUCUUGGAUAAUGAAAUAGCAAGAACAAAAAAGGCACUAGAAGAGGUCGAAUAUGAUUUGAAUACGAAAACAGCAGACAACAAAGAUAAACUAGCAGAUCAAUACCAAGAGAGACUGAAAGAAAAGGUCAAAGAAAGUGAAAAACGGUACCAGAAGCAGGAAGUAGAGACAACUGAACUAUUAGAGCAGGUGGAAAAUCUGGAGGAGGAAGGAGGGCUUGAUCAAGAACCGACUACCCCAUUUCUGAAAAGAUUGCUUGAAGAGAAGGAUGAAGAAAUAAUUACGAUUAAGCAGAAAAUCGAAACAGCCGAAAAAGAGUUGCUAGACUUGAAAAAACAAGAACAGGGUGAAAGGGAACAAGGAUCGCCAUUGACUGAUUCAACUGAUGUGUUGAAAGGACAUGAGCAAAAGAUGACUUGA